AAUUCAAAAUGAACACCACUUUCUGACAUCCCUGAACCGCAGUUGUCUCUCGCCAUCUCUCGCCAUCUCUCGCCAUCCAUUGUCUAGAUCUCUUCUCCUCCAUCACCGGAAGAAUGAAGAGGGGCAACCGCCGAACAAAGCGCGCCGGCGCCACCGACUCUCCAUCACCAUCUAAGUGUGGGGACAGCGACAAGCAGCCGCAGCCGCAGCAGAAUCACGAGAGUAGGAUCCACGAUUUGGAGAGGGAAAACCAGGAUCUAAGGAAAGAGGUCGAGGAAUUGAAGCACAGGCUGGGAAACGAUUCCCCAGCUUCAGAUGGCAAGAUUCAGAAGCUUUAUGAAGGCGCGCUCGAAAAGCUGCGCAUUCUUGAUGAACAGGCUAUGGAUUUGAAGAAGAAACUCAAUGCUCAAUCUCAGUUUUCAACUCAAAAGCAAAAGACAGCAGGGCGACAGCCAGAGGAUGUGAUCCAGAGAUUGAAGGCUCAAAAGGUCCAACUUCUCUGCAAGAUCAAGCUGGACUCUGUGCAAUUCAGGCUGUCAAAAGCUUCACUAGAGAAAGACGUUCUCCAGCUUAAGAAAGACCAGAGGAAGAAUGAAUAUGAGAUACGCAAGCUAUUGGCUCUAACCAGCAGGCAAAAGCUGGUACUACAGAGGAAACAAGAGGAAGCUUCUGCAGCAACAAGGAAACUUAAUGAGUUCUUACAAUAUAGGAAGUCUUCAUCUCAAAGAAGUUCAGGGUCUCAGAAAGACGGGAGUCCUGGAAGUCAGGCCCUUGAGAUUGAGCUGAAAGUUACGGAAAGGGUAGAAGACAUACGCUGCGACUUUGAGCGUCAAAUGGAAGAGAUGGCAGAAGAAGUAAAGAAAUAUGAGGAAGAAGCUGAGAUGCUAAGGCAAGAGAAUUUCAGGUUCAUGUUGCAGGAUAAAGAAAACGACUGCAUGGCUAGAGAUUCAGAGUUGAGAGACUUAAAAGAAGAAGUGUUCAAACUAAGUACCAUGGUGAACCAGAUGCCAAUAGUAAGGGCACGGCCUGUUCACUCAACAAAACCACAGGAUUUGAGUCGUUCUGUGUUGUUCGAGACACCCGCAGUGGAUUCAGAAACUUCUGAUAAUGUCCCCACUAGGGUGAAAUCCGCACAAGGAGGAUGCUGCUCUUGCAGUAAAAACUCACUGUGCAAGACAAAUAAGUGCCAAUGCCGAGCUGCUAAGGGAGGUUGUGGUGAAGGCUGUCGUUGUUCAAUUGCAAAGUGCACAAAUGGGAAGCGUUUGGCCAAGAAGGAUAGCUCACUGCCAUCAGUCAUAGCUCAGGACUUGGUCCAUUCUUCAGGCAGCGAGAAUACGUCGGAUGCGACAUCUCCCAAUCUAGUGACGGAAAGACAGCCCUUUUCUGAAAUCGGAAAUGUUCAGGGUUGCAAGUCUGAAGAGGAAACCAAGAUGGAGAAGGCAUCCACGCAUCUUGAAAUGGAGCAACCAACAGGUAACCCGGAAAGCCUGAAACCGGUUGCUGAUAAAACUGGUGCUGCUCCACCAGAUAUGUUUAGGAAGUUGACAAGGGCCAUGCGGUCUGCCGUGAUCGGGAAGUAAGAUCCUCGAACACAGAAGAGCACCAAAUUCUGACCAAGUGAUUACCACAAAAAUUGAUUCUUGAGGCUUCUUGCUUCAGGCCAUUCAUAAAUUGUUGUGAGACGAAAGGCAAUGGCAGUCGACCCACGAAAAAACAGAAAAGGAAUCAAUUACAGCGUUGUAGUCUUCCAGAUUCGUGUGUGUUGUUUGAGACUUGAGAGAAUUUAAGGUUGGGAGGUGACCAAGGAAAUGAGUGUGUUUGCUUGUUGAUCCAUUGCAGGAGGUGCCUUUCCCGGAAUUAAUGUAAUUUCCAAAUUCAUGAAAAGUGUCAGGUAUUGGUAAUUGGUUGGAUGCAAAAGCAAUUUUUCAAAGGUGACAUGUUUGUUUUUACUAUUAGGUGCUAGAGGGAUUUGAACUCGAGAUCCUCAUUUUCAUGUUGAAGCUGAACUAAGCUUUUGUUCACUGGGAUGCAAUUUGGCUAUGUUGCUGACCGCCACUACAUGAGAAAAAUCUUUAACAAUGAGCUUUCGGAUGACGAUCUGAACAUCACCACAAAAAUAAGACAUUAGUAAAUAUAUAAAUUUUACAAUACUAUAUAGCAUUGAUGCUAUAGGAUUUUACCUUUAUGGUACAACUUGAAAUUGUACCUUUAAUGUUAUGGUACAACUUCAGAUUGUACCUAUACUUUUUGUACAAAUUCUUUUAUGCUACAACUUAAACUUGUACCUUAAUGACACAACUUCAAGUUGUAAAGUUGUACCAUAACAUAAUGAUACAAAUUCCUUUAUGGUACCACAUAAACUUGUACAUUUAAUGUUAUGGUACAACUUCAAGUUGUACAUUAAAGCACCAAUACAAUAUAGCAUAGUAGAAGUGCUCAAGUAAAUAACCAACAUCUAUUAGUUCAAUCAUGAAAGGAUCGGAGAAGAAAUCAUAUUAGUGUUUAAAAGAAGAGUAAAUGCUACAUUUGGUCACUGAAAUUACUAAAUCGUGUCACGUUUAGAUCACUAGAAAAAUUUAAUAUCAAUUUUGGUCACUCGAAUUACUGAAACAUGUCACAUUUAGUCACUCUCCCGUUAGUUUUCGUCUAAAUCCAGUUGGACGAAAACUAAUGGGAGAGUGACUAAAUGUGACAUGUUUCAGUAGUUCGAGUGACAAAAUGUGACAUGUUUCAGUAAUUCGAGUGACUGGAGUUGGACGGUGACUAAAUGUGAUAACACAUUCGGUCACUGAGAUUAGUAAAUGUGUGAUAACACAUUCACAUGAGAAGUUGACAAAGUCAAUCACCCUUUCAACCGAAAACUCGAUUUCUCGUCGAAUUGACCAGAAUGGCAUGUCGAGGGAUGGGUGGGGGGGAAUGGGUGCUUGGGAUGCAGCUCCCUCGUUACUCGAACGAGGUCUACGAAUAUAGUUGGCAAACAUAGCUUGAGCAGCCUCUCAUUUUGUUAUUUGUACAUCAAACUGGCGCAAUAAAACAUGAGGUAGAAU